GGGCGGUAGCACCUGUCACGUGACCGGUAAACGGGGAAGGGUUUCAUGUCAGUGGAGCAGGAGGGAUGUGAACUGUUAGUUUUAUCCUCUGGACACAUUUUCCUUCUUUUCUCAGUCGCGACUCUUUCCCUUCAGGCGACCAGCUUCGGCAUUUUCCGGCUCAUUUCGGAAAAUGGCGUCAAACGGCUGUUUUUUUAGGAGCUUGUUGAGUUUGUUCAUCUGCGUCACUCUGCGGAGCGAGCAAAGCAGCGGCUUGUUUGGAGAAUCCAACCGGAGACCAAACAUCGUUUUAAUCCUCACCGAUGACCUGGACAUCGCUAUGGGCGGCUUGAAUCCACUGAGCAAGACCAAAAAACUAAUUGGUGAGGCGGGGAUAUCCUUCACAAACGCAUUUGUCGCCAGUCCGCUCUGCUGCCCGAGUCGGGCCAGCAUCCUGACUGGGAAAUAUCCCCACAACCACCACGUCAUCAACAACACGCUGGAGGGGAACUGCAGCAGCACGGCGUGGCAGAAGAGCCAGGAGCCCCACACCUUCCCUGCUCUGCUGAAUACCCAUGGAGGCUACCAGACCUUCUUCGCAGGGAAGUACCUCAACCAGUAUGGACACUCUGGUGCUGGUGGAGUGGAGCAUGUUCCUCCAGGCUGGAGCUACUGGGUGGCACUGGAGAAGAACUCUAAAUAUUAUAACUACACUCUGUCUGUGAAUGGGAAGGCUCAGAAGCAUGGAGCAGACUACAGCAGAGACUACCUGACAGAUGUGCUGGCCAACAGAUCUUUAGACUUCCUCCAGUAUAGAUCCAGCUACCAGCCGUUCUUCAUGAUGGUGUCCACGCCAGCCCCCCACUCCCCCUGGACCGCAGCUCCUCAGUACCAGAACCGCUUCAACGACACCAAGGCCCCCAGAGACCCCAGCUUUGAUGUCCAUGGGAAGGACAAACACUGGUUGAUCCGACAGGCUAAAACCCCCAUGACCAACUCCUCUGUUCAGUUCCUGGAUGAUGCCUUCAGGAAACGAUGGAGAACUCUCCUGUCAGUGGACGACCUGGUGGAGAAAAUCGUGAAGAAGCUGGAGGAGAGAGGUGAACUAGAGAACACCUACAUCUUCUUUACAUCCGAUAAUGGCUACCACACAGGUCAGUUCUCUCUGCCGCUGGACAAACGGCAGCUCUAUGAGUUCGACAUCAGAGUUCCUCUCAUGGUCAGAGGACCGAGCAUCAAACCCAACCAGACCAGCCAGAUGCCAGUGGCAAACGUUGACCUCGGUCCGACCAUCCUGGACAUCGCCGGCUACAAUGUCAACAGGACUCAAAUGGACGGCAUGUCCUUCCUGCCAGUAAUGCAAGGGAAGGUGAACGCCAGCAGCUGGAGAACAGACAUCCUGGUGGAGUAUGAGGGAGAAGGAAGGAACGUUUCGGAUCCAGCCUGCCCGUUGUUGGGACCCGGAGUGUCUGAAUGUUUUCCAGACUGUGUGUGCGAGGACUCAUUCAACAACACUUAUGCUUGUGUGCGCACUGUUGCCCCCACUGCUAACCUGCAGUACUGCGAGUUCGAUGACAACGAGGUGUUUGUGGAGGUUUACAAUGUGACAGCAGACCCCUACCAGCUAAAAAACAUCGCAAAGACCAUCGAGCAGGAAGUGCUGGAAAAAAUGAACCAUCGGCUGAUGAUGCUGCAGUCCUGCUCCGGGCAGACGUGUCGAACACCCGGGGUUUACCAUCCAAGGUUUGAGUUUAACCCCCGGCAGCUUUUCUCAAGCCACAGCUCCAGACUCUGAGGGGAGUGGAUGAGCAUCAAAGAAGGCCUUUUCCUUUGGACCCUCCUGAGCUGCCGUCUGUUAGAGCUGGAAAGAAAAGGAUCAGGUGGGCUGAAGUCUCCGGGAGCCAGACUCACCUUUAGGCCUCUGGUUUGGAAGACUGAAUACAAAUGUCUCGUUGUCGGCGCAGCUUUGCACGUCUGUUCCUCUUUGCUGAACUGUUUGUUCCCCAACAAAUCGUUUGGGUUGAAAGAUAAGUGUUACUCUGACUGCAUUUAAAUGUUUACUAUAGGAAUAAUUAGACUGAGAUUCACUGAAUUAAAACCUUUUUGUGCAACUUUAUUGUUGGUUUGUUAAGGAGGUUAAAGCUUCUAUAUAAGCAGUACCUGGAUUACAUUAGAUAAUUCCUUUGGGGUAUUUAUUUGAUGUUAAUCCAAUUAAUUUGGCUGAAGUUUACAGUUUGAAAAGGAUCAAACCAAAGUGGACCUUUACUGAAUUCAGAUUAUUUAAUACUUAGUUUGUGAAGUGUUUAAACUGACUCUAAAUUUAUGAUUUACUAAAUGAAGUCAUGUGAAGAACUGCUAAAGAGUAACUUCUCUAAACCUUUAGGAACAAAACAAGAAAAAAACAUCAGUUCCUUUUCAGGGGUUCGUUUCACGAAGCAGGUUUACUAAAAAACUAUGUUUUCUAAAGCAGAAAAAUGGGAAAACUGAGUUUUCUGCUUCACAAAGAGAAUUUACUCAGCCUCUGUUUCAGUCGCCGUAGUAACAUCCUCCCCGGAGCUAACCUGGCCGGUAGCAGGUUUUCCUCAGUAAACACGGAGUAUGGUCAAUCACGAUGUUUUUUCUCCUGAUUUAGUAAGAUUUUUGUCGUAGUUUUGUGCUUAAAAAAAAAAACCUUCACUAGGUCUAAACACAUUAA